UCCCUCAUCCCUUAUCCCACAUCCCCCCCGUCGGUCCCGGUUCUCGCUGCCGUGCGGGGCCGCCAUGGCGUGGCCCUGCAUCAGCCGCGCCUGCUGCAUCGCCCGCUUCUGGAGCCAGCUGGACAAGGCGGACAUCGCCGUCCCUCUCGUCUUCACCAAGUACUCCGAGGCCACCGAGCACCCUGCGGCUCGCCCGGUCCCCGUUGCCCCCAUCGACACCCAGCCCGGUGCUGAGGCUGCGGCUGUAGGUACCGGUACCGGUACCGGUGGUGGUGGUGGUGGUGAAGCGGCCCCCGGUGCGGCUCGGCCCGGCCCGGCCCCUCACGGGUCCCCCCCGGCUGACUCGGUGAUGCGGCACGACUACAAGCCGUGGAAGGUGCAGCGGCCGGAGCCGAGCUGCAAGCCCAAGAGCGAGUACCAGCCCUCGGAUACGCCCUUCGAGAAGGAGACGCAGUACCAGAAGGAUUUCCGCGCUUGGCCCAUUCCCAAGCGGGGGGAUCAUCCCUGGAUCCCUAAACCGGGACCUUCCCCCGUGCUCGCCCUGGACCGUGGGUCGCCAGAGAAACCGGCUCAAGAGAAGCGGAGGAAGGUGCUGCCCGGAGCCGAGAGGAAGGAGGAGGAUGGCGAAGCGGAGGAUGAGCAUCCCAAAGCGGUGCGGGCCGGGGAUGGCAGGGACAAGGCUCGGAAGAAGGUGGAGGAGACGGAGGUGGGCAGGGGCAGGGCGGCUGCUGAUGCCCUUAACAGGCAGAUCAAGGAGGAGGUGGCGGCGGGGGUCAGCUCGUCAUACAGAAACGAGUUCAGACCCUGGGUAGACGUCAAGCCUGUGAAAGCUAUAAAAGCAAAGCCCCAGUACAAGCCACCAGAGGAGAAAAUGACCCAUGAAACCAGUUACAGCGCCCAGUUCAAGGGGGAAACCAGUAAGCCUGCUCCAGCUGAUAACAAAUACCUGGAACGCCGAAGGAUACGCACUCUCUACAGUGAGCCCUAUAAAGAACCUCCAAAGGGUGCCUUGCAGUUCCCUACCCACGAUUGUGGAGGUCCCUAACCAUGGUCCCUAACCAUGUGGAGGAGAUGGGAGCCCAAGAGUUAAAGAAAAGCCUGCUAAUGGAUUGAAGGCAUCUUAAUGCUUUCUAAACCACCAGCUUUCUCUGCAGGGAGUCUGCUCCACGGACACCAACAGCAAGGACCAGCCACCAGAUUAUGGAUGAGGAGCAGUGACAGCUCUUAGCACAGAGGAAUGAUAACCCUUAACAUUGGCAGUUCAUCAGCAUGAGAGAUGGAAAGGGGGGAACGUUUCUGAACCCCCCUUGUUGUCAUCUGCCCACCUCCCACCCCAACCUAAGCCUGAGACAUGCACCAACCUCAAGCUCCCAAGCAAAGCUGGGUCUUCCCAAGUCUUCCUGGGGAUCCAUAGACCUGCAUUCCCUGCCUGGCUCUGAGAGAGGUCUGGAGAGCUGGGUCACAGCACAGGGUGAGGAGCACCCUGCAUGGUACAUGGUGGAGGGCAUCUCACCACACCAUGGCUGUGGUAGAUGGUUCUGUCCUCAUCACUUGGUGGUACCAGUACCCAAUGGUCAAGGUAGAGAAAUCCUUAGGGUAUCCCUGGGCAUUGUCCUGAGCUGCUCCUUGGCCUGGUUCAGGAGUUAGUACCCAAGUGAGGACCAGUUCAGCUGUGGCCACCUUUGGAGCCAAGAGGUUUAACAUCAGGGACAUGAACCAGCAAUGAAACAGUGCUUUGGAGUCAUAGGGCAGUGGAUGUCCUUGUCCCCAUUGCCCUGCUCCCUUCAGUCUCUAUUGCUGACCAGGCUUCUCUGUCCCUGUUUGCUCCUUCCCAUGCUGUCCUCAGCGCCCCAUCAGACCCCAUCCACCCACCAUGGUGCUAUACCUUUUAUUGCCUUCUGAAUCACUCUCCAUCUUCCCUGCCAGCUUUCCCAUGCCCAUCCCAACUUCUCCAACCUUUUCCUUUCUCCCACCUGUCCCCCUCUACAUCAUCCUAAAUCCCCAGCUCUACCAGGGACCUUCUCCUCCCCAUCCUCCCCAAGUCUCUGUCUUGUGUCCUGUCUCUUGGACUAUAAACCUCUUUCUUUGCCUGUACUGUGUGAUAACAAUCACUGCUUUGAAUAAAUAAUACCUCACCUCUCAGCUGCCCUUUAUCUCUGUCCUUUCUUAGUGUGGCUUCAAAUAGACGUGUCUGUAAGUGCACUGUGUGUCUGUCCUGGUGGCCACUUGAGCAGUCGGUCUUGUUGCCACAGCUCUGUCCAUGGUCUUGGGAUGACUCUGCUCAUGUU